AUGAAGAACACAAGGGUUAACGUAGCUAUACGAGUCCGACCACUUCUCAAAGCAGAGAUAGAUCGUGGAGAGACUUCCACUGAGCUACUCUCUGUGAAUAGGAAAUAACAACACUAUUUCAUUACAAGCAAGCCACUCAGGAAAAGUAGAUAAGAGCUAUACCUUCGAUAAGGUCAUCUCCUCUGAAGCCACUCAGCAAGAGGUUUACGAUGAGCUAGGCAUCCAAGAGUAUGUUAAGCAGGUUAUUGAUGGCUAUCAUGCAACUAUCUUUGCAUAUGGGCAGACUGGCAGUGGCAAAACCUUCACAAUGGAAGGAUAUAAUUAUUCUAAUGGAGGGAACUCCAAGAAUGGUCCCAAAGCACAAAUCCAAGAUGGUGAUAAUAUUGGAAUUGUUCCACGAGUAAUCAGUUCAAUAUUUUCCCAAGCUGAAGAUACUUCAAAGCAGACUGGUUAUUCUUAUAGAAUAUACUGUUCAUUCUUGCAGCUUUAUCAAGAAAAGAUUUUAGACCUCCUGAAUCCAAACCAUAGUAAAAAGGCAGCCUUCCAGGGUCCUGGUCUGAAACUGAGAUGGAAUAAGCUAGAUAUUUUCACUGUUGAAAACCUAUACAACUUCGAAUGCAAAAGUCCAGAGGAGCUCAUCAAAUACUAUCAUAGUGGGAUCAAUAAUAAGAUUAUGUCAACUCAUAAUCUAAAUAAUGCUAGCUCGAGGUCGCAUUGUGUGUUCACUAUCACUUGUGAGUGAAUAAACCCUGCCAAGCCUGAUAAUGUGGUGGUGUCCAAACUGCAAUUAGUUGAUCUAGCAGGGAGUGAGAGAGCUAACCAGACAGGAGUUAAGGACCAAAUGGCUAAAGAAAGUAUCGAUAUUAACAAAUCUCUAUUUACAUUAAGGCAAGUUAUUACAGCUUUGACUGAUGCUAAAUCUAAGGAUUAUAUUCCAUACCGUGAAUCUAAGUUAACUUGUCUGCUCCGUCAAAGUUUGGGAGGAAAUAGUUAUUCUCUCAUGAUCUCUUGUCUCACACCAAAUGAUAAGUUCUGUGAUGAGAACAAGAGUACUCUAAAUUAUGCUUCAAGAGCAUCAUGAAUUUCAAACAGGCCCAUCAAAAAUGACGAUCCUAAAACAAAAUUAGUAGAUAGCUUAAAGAAGCAGAUCAAAAUCUUGAAUGAAGAACUUAUCAAAGCUAAUCGGCACAUCCUCGAUUUGAGCAUUGUAAAAGGUCAACAAGGAACUUUCUUCGGUAGUGAAAAAAUAUAAAGAAGCAGUUUAAGGAAGAGAGCCAGAUGUUGCUGACAUCUAAUGGGUUCAACCCAAUGUCUGAGUCGAAGCUGACUGUCAAAAAUGAAGAUAUCUUGCCUCCUUUAUCAAAUUUGACAACUCCUGAGAAGAGUAUUAAGAUAAGGACUCAUACAGACCAGUUUUAUGAUGAAGGAGAUGAUCAGCACUUUCCAACUCACCACCCAUCACCUAAAAUGAAAAAUCUGAAAUCGAGUGAGAUCAUGAAACAAGAGACAGGAAGGAAAAAGAGCACUGCAAUGAAUGCUGAAAUGUCUAAGAAAAUAGAGGAAGCAAAAGAAGCUGCAUUCGAAAGAAUAAUGCAUAGUGCCAAUAUUGUCAAAGAAGUUCUCCAGAGGAACAUGUCACUAAGCGAAGACAUCGUUAAAAACCACCAAAUCGUAGAUGAACUCAACCAAAACGUCUACCAACUUCAGAGAGAAAAUGAGGAUUUAAGGGAAAGACUUGAAAUUUUAGAAACAAUCACAGGCAAGGAUUCCUCCUCAUUGAUGAAGAAGAUCAGAGGAAUGACCAGAACAGAUGAAGAUCCUGAAGACACAAGAGAAACUGAAGAGAAGCCACAAGAAGAUGUCAAAGAAUAUGAUGAGAAGGAGAUCAUGGUCCUUCUCACUAAUUCUGACGACUUCAUGGUGAAGAACAAGCAAUCUGUGAUUAAUGCUCUUUAUCGAUUAAGUAAAGAUAAACAAAUAUUAAGCAAGAGGAUUGAAAAUAUGGAAAAGGCUAAGAUUAAGAAGAGUCAUAUGAAACUUCGAAUGACAAACAACAAUUUUUAUAACCCGAAUGGAGUACCAGAUGAAAAAGGAAAGUAUAAAGCCACACUCGACGAAGGAGUUGAUGAUGUUGAGCCUAUCCGAAGCAUUCUUAAUGAAGAUGAAUUAGAUUUCAAUAACAAAUAUAUCCCCCCUCAAGUUAGGAAAGGGAAUAAGCUCAAAUUAGCAAAACAUACAUCUAUGAAAGACAAAAGAAGCUAUCCUUAUCAGAAGAGAGCUUCAGAGGCAAACCAUAGCGCUAAAAGUGAAAUAAAAAUUGCCCAUUCUUUCAACUAUGCUUCUAAAUUUAGGAGAACCAGAGAAUCUUUCCUUGAAAAUGAGUCUUCAGAAAAUAGAAAGAUUUUGGUACAGAAUGACUCUUCUCGUAGAUACAAACCUGGAAAACAAGGUGUGGUUGAGGAGAGGAAGGAAAGGUUAAAUUACUCCUCAGGACCUCACAACCACAAUUUGACAGCAACAUCAGCUAUGAACUUUGAUCAGAAUAUGUUGUACAACCCAUCUAGACUCAAGAAAUCCCCGUAUGAAAUAAUGGGCUAUGACCAGCCCAAUGUGGUGCAAGGACGAAAGGGAAAGCUACCUUCACAUUCCAAGAAAUUCAGAAGUAAGAAGAAAUUUUAG